UGGGAUCCAUUCGCUGGUGCGAGAGAAAAAGCCUGAGAGUAGCACAGAACCAACUCGACUCCGCCAUCUUCCAUUGACGCCGUUGCACGAAGCUCUGAAGCUUCGAAUAUCAAAGUUAACACCUUCCUCGGGAUCAUAGCGUUUUGUUGGAAAUGAAGAAAGGGUUACACCCACAGAUGCAGUGGAUAUCGUACGUGACGCAGAGCGGUAGAUUGAUGCAUGUCAUGAUGACAAGGAUCCACCAUGCCGGUAAAGUUUACCACUUUAGGGCUAAGCGUCAGAUGGCAGAGAGCAUAGGUCAGAUUGCCAAGUUCAAACGUCGUUACAACAACGAGCAGGAAGAGGUCCAAGAUAAUGAAAAGAAAUGAUUUUCAGACAGAAUGGAGUUCUUGAAGAAACCCUUUGGCGUUUCAUCUUGUUCGUAUUUUCUGUGAUUCCGCAGUUGAGGAUUCUAAAGUUCAUCAAUUUCGAUUCGGUUUUCGAAAAGAGAAAUAUCAGUUUUCGAUAUUAUUAUUGAAAAUAAAUAAUAUUUGCACAGGUGGGAGGCGGAUAACGAUAAGUUUGUGUUCCCAUAUGUGUGUGUGAUAGCGAUGCAUGCAUGUAUACAGACGUAGUCCACGGACACGUGACUCGUGAAGUCCCUCGCAAGGGAGGCACGUGUUCUAUAUAUACGUGGGGUUCUUCGAUCACUGGUGUAACUAUCUGCCAAUCUCUCUAUGCCUUUGAGAUGUGAAAUAAUAUACUUUAAUUUGUAAAAGCAGAAGAAAUAUGCUCAUCCAUUUCGUGAAACAAUCAUCUGUCUCGAGGCCUGUAAAAUCAUGUGUUUACUACUCUCUCUCUUUCAAGAGAUGGAGUAAAACCGGCGGGAAGAAAGAGGGAAGGGCUCCGUCGACGGCGGAGGAGUUCGAGAGAGCGGCGGAGGAGAAGGCCAGGGAAUGCCAGACGGCGGAGAAGGCGGAGAAGGCGAAGAAGAGGUUCAAACGGAACGAGGAAGAUGACAAGAGAGGAGACGGUGAUUUUCCCAUUAACACCUCUUCCAAAGACACUUAGGGUGUAAUAAUUUUAUAUGAUAUAUAUAUACGUAUAGAUAUAUAAUGGCAUAGAUAUCGUCAUCAUGGUCAAUGGAUGAUGAUGUAUAUAGGAUAUCAUCGCUUGUUUUUGCUUUUUGGGUUUUGUUUAAUAUUGUAAGACAUGUAGAGAAAUUCAAUAUAUCGGUUCGGUUAUUUU